AUGCCUGGGGUGAAAUAUGGGCACAUGACCAAGUUGCACACUGCACCGACCGGUCACUCGAGCGCCUUCCGUGCCGCUCGGCCGGGUGGGGAGGCAGGGUACCAAACACUCUGGCCACUUUGUACCUGUUUUGUUGCCUACAGGCAGGGCAGGGAGUGGGCGACAGUGACGGGCAAGCACUCAUACACCCCGAGGCACCUUGCUCCCUCUCGAGCAGGGCAGGGUUUCUGGUAUGUCUGUGCUGUUCUGCUAUCGACCAUCUCUAUGAUCGUGCAGCAGGCGAGCGCCCUGAUGCCCCAAAACUCGCUCCCUGCCGACGGCUGGGGAGGGACAGGACCGCAGGGGGUUAGCAAGCGGGCUGUCCGUGUCCUCGCCCUCGACCGUCAACACCCUGAGCCCAACGGAGAGGGGAUGAGGAAAACGAAGAGCACGAAGAUGGAGCACACUCCUCCUCGUUGCACAACAGCAGCCCGGGCGGGCCGCAGAGGUGCGUGUCCCGCUGUCCGCGCCAUACAGAACGAAGAGCUGACCCUUGCUAGCGGGGGUCUCUCCCUUCUCCCCGCCAGGGUCGCCGUCAUCCUCCUCGCCGAGCAACAUCUGGCCGGGCAGAGUGCCAGGGCAGGCAGGGAACAGGCCGGACAGGCCCGUAAGAUGGAUAGCACACCCACUGUGGAAUCCGCGCUUGCUUAA